AUUAACAAAUCUACAUAUGCAUGCGACCAAGGAAAGAAUUUAGACCAUGAAGAAACGAUGAAGGAUUUGUGUGGUAUAUCGACAAGACAAAAGGAGAUCAUGAAACAACCAGAGGAAAUGUCAAUGUCAUCAGUCAAGAAAAAUGAAAAUGCCGAUCUGACUGAACAACGAAACAUAAUCGGUCAGACGGAGAACUGGAUUCGGGAAGAACGAAGUUCAUCUCAGUUUGUAACGACGAAGGCAUUUGCAGUUGCUAAAGAUAAAAUCAAAGAGAAACGGUUUGUGGUUAUAAGGGGAGACUCUGGUGCAGGUAAGACCCGCUUAGCCGUUGAAUUAUUAGACUGGCUUCAACUUUCCACGGAAAACCACAUGUUUAAUGGCAAGAAGCCUCUCCGCCUUCCAAACCUUCAGAGCUGGGAUAAGGUCAUUUCAGCAAAUUCAAAUCUCGCCAUUUUGUUGGAUGAUGUGUUAGGUUAUAGUUCUGAUGAUACACAAAAUUUGGCAUGGUGGCAACAGCAUGCUGAGAUGAUCAAACCAAUCGUACACGGAAAGGAAUCCGCAAACUACUUGGUUAUCACAGUAAGAAAUGACAUAUAUCAGGAAUACAAAUCUAAGUUUGGGUGUCUGUCACUGUUUGAUGAGGAAAAUGUCAUUGAUCUCAGCUCUUCUGAUUACAUUUUAAAGGAAGAGAGGGCAGCUUUGCUCGGUGUAUAUACAUCAAAAAUAAAUAAUUUUGAACCAUUCACAGAAAGUGAGAUCAAACAGAUCAUAGACGUUUCACCACCGAUCGGAUUUCCUGAAUGUUGCCGUAUCUUCAAGAUAAUUCCGGAGAUGCAUUCAGAAAGAGUAACGUAUUUCAGUAGACCAUUACAAAGCCUUAGGAUGGUAAUCAGGGAGAAGUUUAACAGAGCGAAACAAACAGCGCUGUUGUAUCUUCUGUUAUCGACAUAACCUGUCUCAACCGAAAGGCUGGAUUUUGAAAAUGAACAGUUUGACAAAGAAGGGAUAGAACGUGUAUUCAGAAUCUCUGCUCACGUUUUUCCUGAUUCAUGCAAUGAUACUGAUUCACAUGUAUUGCAACUGCAGAAAGGCCUUCAUGCCUUACUUGAUUCAUUUGUACAUAAAGCGAAAGGUAUCUUUAAGUUCUUCCAUGACUCAAUACGAGACACCGUCGCUAUUCUCUAUGGGAAAGCGACACCAACGGGGUUCCUAACGAACUGCCCAAGCAGUUGUUUGCAUUACCUAGCAACACAUCAAAGUAAAAGUACUUUGUGUAAGGUAGUGAUAGAUGAAAGUGUAUAUGAAAUCGCUUACCAACGUAUUUUGCGAGAACUGGAAACAAAACAACACUCAAGUUACAUAGCGGUAGCCUCAAUGUCACCAUGGAACGAUGAAGAAUUUCUCACCGGAUUUUUUGGUUGGUUCAAAUCAAACAAAUAUUCCCCAGAAGAAUACUUUAUUAGAUUGGAAACAAACGUGCCGUUGGUCUUACCUUCGGGCCGAAAUAAUUUCAAUUUUAUUCCUGUUUUUUCUAUUUCAAAAGAUAUCCCUAGUUCUUUUCUGGUAUAUGCCGCGAAAAUGAAUUCAUUUUCUCUUCUGUGCCAAAUACUUGAACAGUUAAAGAUAGAAGAUAUAUCCAAGCAUACGAAAGAAGCAUUUGAUGUAGCAUUAUCAGAAGGAAGCGUUGGAUGCGCGACACAUCUUCUUACACUAAACAUUCAGCCUGAUGUUAUGUUCUGCUGCACUUGGUGGGGAGGUCAAGCUAAUGAAGAUGCUAGCUGCAUCAAUACAUCGACUUACUGACGUCGAAAAGUAUCAUAUUUUAAUUUUGACAUGUCUUUAUGAUCGAUAUAGGAUAUGCGCAUAUCUUUUAGAGUUAUUUCCAUUCUUGCUAGCACGUAAGAUCCCCCUACUAGACAAACAUUUGCUACACAUAAUCGUAGAAAGUGGAUCCAUAGAAUGCUUUAAGGUAGUAGUCAACUUGGUCACCCGGGAUUGUCAGAGUGAUGGGGACAAGCAGUUGUCUUUAAAAUCACUAAUAGAUGGAAACGGUUCUACCAUUUUACACGGUGCAUUUAGAUCAUUUAACAGAAAUAUGAUAAUGUAUCUCCUGAUGGAACAUCCCAGUCUGUUAACACAAAAAGAUGAAUCAGGAUAUCAUGGUCUAUCGCUUAUGUCAUUAUAUUGUAAAGAGGGCCACCUUACAGAAAAAGACAUUGAAGGCGUUGUAAAACGUAUUUGUCAUGACGACAUGAUUGAAUCGCUGAUAGAUGAAGAUGGUAGCACUAUUUUACACUGGGCGUGCCAUUAUGUAAAUGAAGAGCUAUGUGUAAAACUAUCUUCAACGUGUCCGUCAUUACUUUUGCUAAGUAAUGAUAGAGGUCACCAUUGCCUCCAUAUGAUAGCAUCAAGUGGGAAUAUAGAAUGUUUUAAAUCAGCAGUUGCCUUAGUUCUGGAGGAAAAUGAGCGUGAACAGUACAUAACAUCAUUAGUAAACAAAGCAGGUAAAACUGUUUUACAUCUUGCGUGUCAUUCAGGACAGUUGGAUAUGUGUUUGUACCUUAUUAGAGAAUAUCCUGCAUUGAUGUCUAAAAAGGACCAUCACGGUCUUCACUGUCUCCAUUGCAUUGCCCAUUAUGGCAAUUCGGAAAUCUUUAAAUCAAUAGCUUCAUUAGUUCUAGAAGGCAAAUCUAAACCAGAAAAAAAGAAUUUCAUGAAAAAUCUACAAACCAAGACUGGAGGAACAGUGUUACAUUUUGCCUGUUUAGAUAGCAAGACAGAUUUGUGUCUGUAUCUGAUCAGAGAAUAUCCUCAACUGUUAAAUCAAAAAGACAAUAAAGGUCAUCAUUGUCUCCAUAUGAUUGCACAUUACGGUAAAGUAGAAUGUUUUAAAGCAAUAGCAGGAAUAGUUCUAAAAGGUAAAUCAAAAACCGAUAUGAAACAGUUCAUGGAGACACUUACGGUAAAAACGAAAUUGAAAACACUUUUGCAUCACGCCGCUUUCACCGGAAAAACUGAAAUGUGUUUGUACUUGAUCAGAGAAUAUCCUAAACUAUUUUCCCAAACAAACGAAAGUGGUGAUCACAGCCUCCAUUACAUUGCUGUGUCCGGCAAUGUAGAAUGUUUUAAAACAAUAGCCCCCACAGUUCUGAAAGAUAAAACAAAAACGGAAUGUGAGCUAUUCAUGGAAAAACUUACCAACACAGACAAAGAAACCGUUUUACAUCAUGCAUGUAGGGAUGGACAAACAGAAAUGUGUUCGUACUUGAUCAAACAAUAUCCUAAAUUAAUGUUGCAAACCGACCGGUAUGGGAACCACUGUCGCCAUUUAACAGCACAAUUAAAUCCCCCUUGCAGCUAUGUGUCUAUACCUGAUAAAUGAAUACCCAUCAACAUUACACCAAAGAGGUCCUUUGGGUAGUCAUUGUCUACAUUUAAUAGCAGUAUCCGGGGAUGUAGACUGUUUUAAGUCAGUAAUCCCAUUAGUACAUCCGGGAAAGACAAAGUAUGAAGCUGAGCAGUUCAUUGAAACUUUGACAGAUGACUACGGUCAAACUUGUUUACAUCACGCUUGUGUAAAAGGACAUACGGAGAUGUGUUUGUACUUUACUGAUGAAUACUGGUCUUUAUUAGGGAAGAUAAAUCGAUAUGGUAGUCACUGUCUCCAUUUGGCGGCUAAAUCAGGUCGUGUAGACUGUUUUAAAAUAGUCGUCAUAUUAAUACUUGGGGAUAAAACCAAAUCAAAAGUUAUUUCCUCUCUUGAAAUUUUGACAAACAGGAACCGCAAAACAGUUCUUCACAAAGCUGGUGUGAACGGAAAACCAGAGAUGUGUCAGUACUUAGUCAGUGCAUUUCCAUCGCUGUUAUCCCAACGAAGUGUAGGUGGUAAUCAUUGUCUCCACUAUAUUGCACAAUCAGGUCAGAUAGAGUGUUUCAAAUCAGUAGCAACUCUUACUCUGAAGGGCAUGAAUGAGAAAGAGAGAGAACAGUUCAUGUUAGAUUUGAAAAACAACAGAGGUAAGACUGUAUUAGAAAAGGCACGAGAAAAUCAGCAAACUGAAAUGUGCUCGUACUUUGAACGUCAGUUCAACUUUUUGUCUGAGAAGAAAUUACAUUCUCAUCAGGUUUCAGAGCUUUCACUUAGACUUCAAAAAAUCCAUUUAAGAUAUAAUGUUAAAAGAAAUAUCAAAAUAAUAUUCUAAAUUUGUUUAUCAUAAAACAUUACGUAGCAGACUGAGAUCAAUGACACAAUGGGACUACAUAGUAAACCUGUAUAUACAGACACGCCCGAUACCUGUGUUCAGGGGUUGAUAGUGUACAUUACAAUGGGACGAUACAAUAAACCUGUAUAUAGAGACACGCCCGAUACCUGUGUUCAGGAGUUGAUAGUGUAUAUUACAGUGGGACAAUAGUAGAAUAAACAUGUAUAUAGAGACACACCCGAUACCUGUGUUCAGGCGUUUAUAGUGUAUAUUACAAUAGGACGAUACAAUGAACCUGUAUAUAGAGACACGCCCGAUACCUGUGUUCAGGAGUGGAUUUUGUAUAUAUCACUAAAAGAUUAUAUAAUGUUUAUCACCUGAACUCAUUGUUCGCAAUGCUAUUUUUGUACAAUAUAAUCAUUGUAAUUCACCCUUUGAAAUGUACAGCAUUAGAAUG